AUGGGUUUCAAGCCGGACGCUGGCGUGAUGUGCGCUAUGACCAUCACGUUCGGUGUCGCUACAAUCCUCCUAAUCUGUCGCAUAAUCUCUCGAAGGAUGACAAAUGUGGCGCUGUGGUUGGAUGAUUACUUUGCUAUGGUUUCCUGGGUGGCGGCUGCUCUUUACUGUGGUUUUGCAUUAUACUGGGCGCUUGUAAUGGGUCUCGGCCACGUGAAAGCAGACAUUCCUCAUCCUGCAGAAGAGGUUGACGAAUACGCUCGGUUUGGGCUUUUCAUGGCCGAGUUCCUAUAUGCAUGGUCGCUUGGAAUGUCCAAGCUAGCUAUUCUAUGCUUCUAUUGGCGCCUGUUCAGUGUCUCCAACAUCCGACCAGGGAUCUAUAUCCUCGGCGCAUGCACCAUAAUCUGGCUUACCAUUCGAACCUUCAUGACUAUUUUCCACUGCAUACCAGUUCAAGCGUACUGGAAUUUCAACAUCAAAGACGCUGUGUGCACUAUUGACCCCGGCAAGUUUAUGUUCGGCACGACCCUGGUUCAUCUUCUCCUUGAGAUCUCAGUCUUGCUGCUGCCUGUGUUCCAGGUGGCCAGUCUCAGACUUCGCCCGGGUCAGAAAUUUGCUGUUGUGGCCAUGUUCAUGUUCGGUAUCUUUGUCUGUGCUGCGUCAAUCGUAGUACUCAUUGUGGCAAUCAAUCUGAACGCUAAGACGACAGAGAUGUCCAGGGAUGUCAAAGGCGUCAUAAUCUGGGCAGGCACGGAAUCAUACUUGGCUAUCAUCUCUUCAUGUCUCCCCAUAACAAGACCCGUCUUCCGCAAAUUUCUGUCCGGCUCCAUACUUGGCUCCAAGUCCCACUCAACUGGCCCGAACCCUCUCAGCGAUUUCAGCGGCAAGGGCAUUAAACUCCGGAACAGUCAUCGAACGAAAGAGCUGGACGAUAAUAGUUCGGAGCGGCAACUUGCUCAACACGAGGAUGGGUCGUCUGGCCGUGGUGAUAUGUACUAUGAAUCUUAUGCGGAGCGCGGGGGAUACAACAAAACUGUUGUUAGUCGCGUGGACGAGGUAUCUGACGGCAACGCUAACGCUCCGGGAACGUAUGGCAUUCAAGUCAGGAAUGAGACUAAUGUACGUUAUGAAUCCAUUUGA